GAUGACGUAUGAUGAACGCAAAUGGACCGGGGUUCGAUAGAAUCAAGUGAGUGUGAAACCAGACCAAAGCUGCGGGGGGACACCGGGAACAAUCGCACUCGGAAUCGGACCGCAGUAAACGUGCCCAGUGUGAAAGCCCCCUAAAAGUCAGAUGGCGUUCCAGGUAUUGCUGUGCAGUGACAUGGUCAUUGCGGUACCCUUGCCACUAGAGGGGGUACGUGUUCAAUAAUAUAUGCUAUGACGUCAUUCUGAUGCGCUCAAAACAAUGACGCAAAUUAGCGCGACAAGUAGAUUGUGCAUGAGGUACCAUGAUGGAGUUAGAUCAAAGUUGUCCAGUUUUAAGAGAGUAUGGGAGUGAGCAGUGUUUGUUGUCCAGACCUGAUGGAUCAUCCACGUUUGUUCAAGGUGAUACUAAUAUCUUGGCUGGAAUAUAUGGGCCAGCUGAGGUUAAAGUCAGCAAGGAAAUCUAUGACCGGGCUACCGUGGAGGUUCUGAUCCAACCCAAAAUGGGGCUUCCAAGUGUCCGAGAGCGUGCAAGAGAGCAGUGUGUGCGUGAGACAUGCGAGGCAGCUCUUCUAUUAACACUUCACCCUCGCUCUUCUCUCACACUCAUCCUACAGGUCAUACAUGAUGAUGGUUCUCUGUUGUCGUGCUGUCUGAAUGCUGCCUGUAUGGCUCUAAUGGAUGCAGGGCUGCCCAUGAGCCACCUUUUCUGUAGUGUGACCUGUGCCAUUAGCAAAGAGGGCCAGAUCAUCACUGAUCCCACAGCUCGACAAGAGAAGGAAAGUAGAGCGUUGUUAACAUUUGCUAUUGAUAGCAUUGAGCGCAAUGUUUUGAUGUCAUCAACUACAGGCUCUUUUUCAGUCCAAGAGCUGCAGCAGUGCAUAGCAAUCAGUCAAAAGGCUUCUGAACAAAUCUUCCAGUUUUAUAGGGAUUCUGUUAAACGCCGAUACUCAAAGGUACAAUAAACACACUUUAGGAUUUUUA